UGGAUUUCCAUUCAGGAAGAAGCGGCUCUUAUUAGCUUAGCCAGCUAAAUAUCUUUUCAGUGGAAAAAUGGCGUCGGUCAACCCGUUUAAUCUCAGUGAUUCCGAAGAAGAGGCUGAGCGGCGCCCCAAUGACACAGUUGACACAGAGAGAAGCCCGAGUGACGGAGCGCCAGGGCCGCCGCCGGGCAACCCGUUCUCGCCGCCUGCGGACGCCGAGCCUCCGACGCUCCUGCUGUCUAGCAACCGUACGAGCCCCAGCGGUGAGGGCAUGUCGGCGUCGGCCGCGGCCACCUCCGCUAUGGCAGGCAGCUCCGAAGCGCGGGUCUCUGUGGAUACCAUCGCUGCACAGCUCUUACGGGACCAGUACAUCCUCACGGCCCUGGAGUUUCACACCGAGCUGCUGGAAGCUGGCAGAGAGCUACCGCGUCUGAGGGAUUAUUUCUCCAACCCCGGCAACUUCGAGCGGCAGAGCGGCACUCCACCUGCCAAAGACCAGGUGCUCGGACCCGGGGGACCACUGAAUCGAGCGGGCAGCAUCAGCACCUUAGACUCUCUGGACUUCGCCCGUUACUCGGACGACGGCAACCGAGAGUCAGACGAACGGGUGGCAGUGCUGGAGUUUGAGCUACGGAAAGCAAAGGAGACCAUUCAGGCUCUGCGCGCCAACUUGACUCAGGCAGCAGAGAGUGAAGUGCCCUCUCAGGAGAGAAAAAACUUCAAGUCGAGUCCUGAAGUUCAGGAGCCCAUACGCCCACUCGAGAAAAGAGCCUUAAACUUCCUCGUGAAUGAAUAUUUAUUAAAAAAUGAAUACAAACUGUCGUCUAUCACCUUCUCCGAUGAGAACGAUGAUCAGGACUUUGAAUUAUGGGACGAUGUCGGCCUCAAUAUCCCGAAGCCCCCUGACCUCUUGCAGCUCUACAGGAACUGCGGCAGCCCCCUCCCUUCACCGCGCGACGUGGCCGACGUGUCCGUCGGGGUGGAUUUUGGUGAUCUUCCAGGAAACUGCAUCGCUCAAGAAACCCCGAGGAAGCUCGAUCUGACACAACAGCAACAAACAGAAGUCGUCCAAGAGCUGGAGUACCAGAUCAGUCUCCUCAACAAUGAGAAGCAGAGCCUUGCCGAGCAGAUCAAGAAACUGCAGAGUGAGAUUCAGACGCUGAGGAGAACCGUCUCCUCUCCACCGCCGGCCACUCUGGACGUGGCCUCCCCGAACACACAGAACCCUUCUUCCUCUUCCAACACAGCGUGCUCAGCCAACCGUCUUUCUAUGCUCCCCACAGAUAACGGUCAGUAUCUGGACAUCCGGGGGGUUUCUGAUGCAGAAAAUGGUCCAGGCCACAACUCAGCCCAGAACAUAUCGCAGCUCCAGUCACAAUCCCAGAACAAGCUGAAGAGUCAGCCGCCCGUCCAGUUCGAUCAGCCCAACAGAAAGUUAUCUCCAGCCUUCCAGCAAGCCUUGCUGUCCUUCUGCAGAAUGUGUUCUGACAGCCGCUUGGGAGCAGAGGUGUCUCGUAUAGCCGACAGCGAGGAGAGCGUGAUGCUCAUGCUGGGCCGCUGCCUCCCUCACAUCGUCCCAAACGUUCUUCUUGCUAAACGAGAGAGAAUGGUUACGCAUCUUUGCCAGGAGUUGAUUCCGCUCAUCUUGUGUACCGCCUGCCUUCACCCAGAGCCCAAAGAGAGAGACCAGCUCCUUCACAUCCUCUUCAACCUCAUCAAGAGGCCAGAUGAUGAGCAGAGACAAAUGAUCCUGACGGGGUGUGUUGCGUUCGCGAGGCAUGUGGGUCCCACGCGCGUCGAGGCCGAGCUGCUUCCUCAGUGCUGGGAACAGAUUAACCACAAAUACCCAGAGAGGAGAUUAUUGGUGGCUGAGUCCUGCGGAGCCUUAGCACCUUACCUGCCUAAGGAGAUCCGGAGCUCUCUGGUGCUGUCCAUGCUGCAGCAGAUGCUGACCGAGGAUAAGGCGGACAUGGUCAGAGAGGCCGUGGUCAAGAGUCUGGGCAUCAUCAUGGGUUACAUAGAUGACCCUGAUAAGUACUCACAGGGUUUUGAGCUGAUGCUGCUGUCCCUCGGCGACCCGUCAGAGCGGGUGGUCAGUGCCGUCCACCAGGUCUUCAUUCCUGCCUUUGCUGCCUGGACCACAGAGCUGGGAACCUUGUACACUGCACUCAUCCCUUCUCUGCUGGCACGUAUAGAGAAACUCCUCACGCAGGGAGAACAUGGCUUGGAUGAACACAAGCUCCACAUUUUCCUGUCGGCCCUUCAGUCCCUCAUCCCUCCUCUGUUUGCCGUGGUGCUGCAGAACGCACCCUUCACCAGCAGGGCCAAACUCCACGGAGACAUUCCUGCAAUAGAAGUGACUCGGUUUCCCAGGCCGGCUUCUCCCCUCCAGGAUGUGGCGACGAUCAUUGGCAGCAGGGAGAUGCUCAGCGCCCUGCUGCUGCUGUAUGACCACCAGCUGGAGCACGAGGGAACCACUGGCUGGGAGAGUCUGCUAUGGGUGGUCAACCAACUCCUGCCUCAGCUCAUAGAGAUUGUGGGCCGCAUCAACGUGACGUCGACGACGUGCGUUCACGAGUUCUCUCGCUUCUUCUGGAGGUUCUGUCGCACGUUCGGCAAGAUUUUCACCAACACUAAGGUUAAGCCGCAGUUCCAAGAGAUUCUCCGGCUUUCUGAAGAGAACGUCGAUGCUUCGGCUGGGAACGGCAUUCUCACCAAAGCAACGGUGCCCAUCUACGCCACUGGAGUGCUGACGUGUUACAAUCAGGAGGAGGAUCGGAAGCUGUUGGUGGGUUUCCUGGAGGAUGUUAUGACCACUCUGUCUCUGUCCCAUGCACCUCUCGAUAGUCUGAAGGCCUCCUUCGUCGAGCUGGGAGCCAAUCCAGUGUACCAUGAGCUGCUGCUGACCGUCCUGUGGUACGGGGUGGUCCACACGUCUGCGCUGGUGCGGUGCACUGCCGCACGGAUGUUUGAGUUGGUUCUCCGAGGCAUGAGUGAAGCAUUAGUAGAUCGCCGGGCGGCUCCAGCCCUUAUAACUCUGUGCAGUGGGCCUGAAUUCUCGGUGCGGAUAUCGACUAUCCCCGCCUUUGGCACCAUCAUGGAGACUGUGACACAGAAAGAGCUGCUGGAGCGGGUGAAAAUGCAGCUGGCCUCAUUCCUGGAAGACCCUCAGUACCAGGAUCAGCACUCUCUGCACAUGGAGAUCAUCAGGACGUUUGGACGAGUCGGGCCCAACGCGGAGCCUCGCUUCAGAGACGAAUUCGUGCUGCCACACCUUCACAAGCUGGCUCUGGCGAACAACAGCCAGGCAGCGGAAAGCAAGAGGAUCGACAUCGCCACCCAGCUGUUCGAGGCCUACAGCGCCCUCUCCUGCUGCUUCAUUUCUGAGGAAGUGAUGGUCAACCACUUCCUGCCGGGCCUCAGGUGCUUGCGCGCCGACAUGGAGCAGCUCUCUCCUGAACACGAGGUCAUUCUGAGCUCCAUGAUCAAGGAGUGUGAAAUCAAGGUGGAAAACAGGGGGAUGUCAGACGCACAAGGCUCCAUGUCCAUCGCCUCCAGUCUGGUCGGCGAGGAUGCGAAGACCAAGUUCCUGAGCAAGAUGGGUCAGCUGACCACGUCCGGCGCCAUGCUGGCCAACGUCUUCCAGAGAAAGAAGUGAUCAACACCGGAUGGCCCAAUCCGGGGCUGCGACUGACUGACAAA